AGAGCUUCUUCCUUUCCACGCCUCUCACUACAUCGCGUACCAUGGAGUGAAGACCUUCUAAUUUCCGCGUUCUGCGGUCACAACAUCACCCUUGACGCCUCCGUAGCCUCUUUGCCAUGGACGAGGUCGAGAACCCCAAUCUGCCCAAAGCAGGCGAGGCGAGUCCCACUCUGAGACCAACGGACGAGUCGCAAGAUGCAGCGGAUGCUAUUGGCGUUGCGGUCACAGCGCCAGUAGACACAGCAGAGGCCGAGAUAGUAUUGGAGAGCGUUGAUCCGACUGCGAAGCCCGCAUUACCCGCAUCUCGAGCUGCUGUUCCUGUGCCUUCUCGUCCGGCCUUGAUACGCGAGCCCUCGAACCCACCUCCUUCGCAACCUCCACCAGCGCCUCCAGGGCAGCCGUCAGACCCGCCCGACUUCACACAGGAACCACCCGAUAGUCUGACUUUGGCCGACUUGAAGCGAAUACGGAACACAUUUCCCAACGUUCAGGUUCCACCAAAACAGCAGCUGCUGGGGGAUGAGAAAGUGUAUGACUUCGACUACCAAGACGCACAAUCAUUUCCGGUGGAGUUGGAGGAGUGGUUCAGCUACAGCGAAGAUGAGUUGCAAAGGCUUCGGAGGUGCAAAUCAGUGUUCAACGAUGAGUGGAGGGCAAGCGAGGAGGGCAAGGUUGACUGGUUGGACGUCACUGAGGAUGCGCGAAGGGCUUUCACCAAAGCCGAAAUUGCUGCUUUGCAACAGAAAGAGGCGCCACCGGAAGAGGUCACUAAAGCUCUCAUGACGUUGACCUACGUCGGGCUGGGCAUAUGGGAAGAGACAGCAGGGCGUCGAGAAGGUUGUGCAUUGGAAGAUCUGUUCCCGAACAGCACCUCUGGCGGAUCGAGGCUCGAUGAGUACUCAUUUUCGAGCCUUCAAGUGCAAUGGAUUGUCGCCAUGGUCGAUACAUUGCACUCCAGCGGCGGUCUGGUAGCCAUAUACGACACACUUCGGCAGAUAUGUGAUCGCGACUUCCAAAAUUCUGUCCCGGAUAUGUCGUCGCGCAACGAAUCUCAAUCUCGACGCGGCGAUGAAAGCAUGGAUUUGUGGUGUUGCUUGACACUCAUGUAUUUGUUUGUCGAAGUCGCCAGAACUGCAGGCAAUGGACAGGUACUAAAAUCAGACAUUCUGGCACUUCAGCCCACUUUCCUGAACUAUCUCACCCAAACCGUUGCCAGGUUACGUUGGGACGAACACGCGCCGAUACCGCUGACGAAAAUGCUUCUCCUCGCCUGGAAAGCGAUCCUGAUUACACUUGGGGGGAUUUCAGAUGUUGAGAGGGUCAAGUCAUCACUGAAAGAGACGAGCGAGGUGGAAAAAGACACUCGCGGACAGCCGCUGAUAACAGCGUCUCCUUUGGACUACCAUCUGUUUCGGCAAGAGAUCAGCUCAAAGUACCCAGCAUAUCAACCUCCUCCGCCGCUUUUCCCCCUGGAACCUGAAAAUAACAGUAUUCUGCCACCACUGAAGCACCGUCGGCCAAGCUACGCCACGGUACCAGAGGUAGCGUAUGCUGGAGCGCCCUCGGUAGGCACAUCGUCCAUCAUGCAUCAGCCUGUGCACAUAGCAACGCCAGCACCUUCUCCACCACCUUCUCCUGCGGGCCCUGGUAAGGCCGGAAAGAAGCAAAACUACCAGACCAACCAAAUGUUUCCCUUUCUGUACCCGCCCCUCGAUGCCAGUAGCAAUGACCUUGGUGGGAAGGGUAGCACUGAGCUACAAGAUGCUCUCGUUGGGAGGAGGUGGGAUGGUGCUGACAUUCCCACCAGUAUCCUCGAGGCCGCCGAGCUGUUCGCCAAACGCAUGCGGGCAACUCGUGCUAUGAAGCAGCUCUGGGAGGCGCGUGUCGACUUCAUGAAGCAAGAACGAGGAUGGAAGAAGCCUGAUGAUGAUGAACAGGCCCCUGUUGUUGACGACUUCGAGCUUUUGUCAACACCCGAUCCGUCACAGACAGCAGAGCAAGGCAAACCAAUACCGCAGACCGACGAGCAGCGGCGAUUGACCAAAGUCAACGACUACUACCAUGACUCCCUACCACAUCUGCAGAGCGUGGUGAUAGUGUUGCUCAAGGCAGUCUUGCAGAAUGUUACCGACCUUGUUACUAAGGGUAAUGGUCAGAACGGGCUGCAAGCUGGCAUUCAAUUCAACGACACGAAUGGCGUGAACGGCACGAAAACAGGCGAGAACGGCAUAAACGGCCACACGGACGGGAUUGAAAAUACAAUGGAGGAACUCGACAAACAACGUUCGCAGGAGAUCGCUGCGAAGGCGUUGAGCGCGAUUCUGCUCCUGCUACUGAAGUGGUUCAAGGUAUCGCACAUCUUGCAAUAUGAAUACAUGACACAGCUUUUACUGGACUCCAACUACGUACCUCUGAUCCUCAAGCUCUGGCAGACGCAAGAGAUCGGUCGAGCCUGCCACUUCCGCUUGGAUCGAGAAGACCGCAACUUUUUCUACUUCUGCCAGGCUACUUCCCGCACAGGCCCACCAGCAAAGAUCUCGCCAACGACAAGAGACGCCGGUGAAGAAUCCGAAGACGAGGCCGCGCCUCCACCCAUCAAGCUGAAACGAGACGAUCCGCCCGAGCAAGUCCUAUCACCAACAUUUGAAACCCCAGAUUUCGCCCAUCCUCCGGAGAUCGAUGAGCUUGGCUACCCGCAGACAGCACUUCCAGCCACGCCGCUCAAGAGCUAUUCUUAUCGCAACGUCUUCAGCGCCAUAAACUAUCUUCGCGUACUGCAGAAAGUGACCAGACGCAAGACCCACCGGGCACUGUUGCUCGUGAGCUACAAGAGCUCAAACCACCUCAAAAAGACGCUCAAGAUUCCAAUUCAGAUGCUUCGCUAUUACACACUGAAGCUGUUCAAAUCUCAAGUACCCUUCUGCGGCCGCAAGUGGCGCCAAGGGAACAUGAAGAUCAUCACCGCUGUUUGGCUUUCAGUCCCCGCAGAGCUGCGUGAUGAUUGGUUGUCCGGCGGCGGAGGAGGUAUGGGAGGUGCAUGUGUUGGUGAUGUCGAUGGCACUGUCGAGGACGCUCUGCCGCUGGAGCAAAGUCUGCGAGCGCUGACGCAUUGGUGGAAUGUUCGGAAUUUCCCAGAGGUGAUGGGCGUCGAUAAGGGAAUGCUCGAGGAGGAGCUCGAUUACUUCACGCGUGAACUUGAGAAGAUGGAACUCUUGAGGGAAGAAGAAAUGGUGGAUGAGCCGGUGUUAGAAGAGCCUUGGCAAGGUCCCAUCGAAGGAUACUGAGUGCUGCUGUAGUAUGUAAAUGGCAGAAUCAUGCACACAUUUUGUCUAGCG